UAAUAUAAUUUUUGAGAAAAUAGCCAAUGAGUUACAUGCAUACAUUGAAUUGAAUCAAGAAUAAAAACCUGAAAAACAACACGAGCCGACCCCAGCUCGGGUUCAUCAGAGGAGGCGCCAACAAAGAUGAGUAUGACACACAGACUAAGGAAUACGAUUAAGAUUGGAUUGCGGUUCCGCAUUUUUUGAGCGAAUUCUGACUCCCGCAUUUUCUCUCUCACGCAGCUGGAGUACACCAUUCUCUUAUGGAAAAUCUUUCAAAGGUUUCUCACGCAUAAUCAUUCCGAUGGCCAUUCAAAUUCCUGGAUACUCAAUAAUCAUUCCAAUUUUUACUUGGUUGAUUAGAUAUUGGAUAUGGGUCUUUGGAAGAAGGACCAGUGAUCUUGUGAACCCAGAAAGCGAUCUUCGAUGUGGUGAUUGGAUUGUCGGAUUUGGGAUUGAGGUUUAUUGAAGUUUAGGAGGCUCCACCUUUUCUUCAUCGAGUUAUGGCCCGUUUUGGAAGUGUUCUGGCAAGGAAGGCUAAGAAUCAAUAUACAUGGAAAGGGUUUGAGGCUAUACCCAAGGCUCUAAAGGAACUUAAGGAUGAGGGUUUGAAGGAGAAUUUCAGUUCAUUUGAUGGCAACGAUGAUUCAAAAGUGUCUGAUGAUGAAGAAGAUGAUGAGAGAAUUUCUGACACUCGUACUGAAAGUCAACCUGACAAAUUAAACCCCAGUUUAAAUCUCAAAUCCUCAGCUUCUUCUAAACCAGAAAAUAGAAGGGAAAAGUCAUUGGCACUUCUUACCCAGAAUUUUGUAAAGGGAUUUGCUGGGUUUUAAAUUGUCAUUGUCCAAUUAUAAUAUACGUGGUUUGAUAGUUUGAUAGUAGAUAUAGAUUUCUCAGGAAACAACAUUAUGUAACAAGAUAUAGAUUUUUCUGUUUUUCUGUUUUUGUUUAAAUAUGAAUUUGAAUUAAAUAUAUAUUUUUUGUAUUAAAUAAAUAUAAAUUUGUUUAAAAUAAAACAAAUUAUAUUAUUUAGAUGAAAUAUCUGGUGAUAUUUUAAUAUAAUUAUAUUGUAUUUUUAUAAUUUAUUUUAAUAUAAUUUAAAAUAUCACAUGAUAUUUAUUUUAAGGAAGCAGUUUUAUACGAAAUAUCACCUGAUAUUUAUAUGUAUGUCCACUAUAUAUAUAGCUCAGUAAACUAUACUCUAUGGUUACGUGCCGAGAAUAUGUUAAGAACAACGAAGUUACCGAUUUGGUAAAGCAAUUAAAAUCAACUCAGAAAGCAUAUUAUUGGAUUGAAGCUGAAAUCAUAUUAAAAAAUAUCAACCAAGAUUUUUAUUACAUGUCGUGUGAUUUUUGUAAUAAGAAACUUAUGUUCUACAACGACAACGAAGAAACAGAUUGUGAAAAUCCAAAAUGCGGAAAAAGAUGUCUUCCUACACCACGUGCAAGGACAUAUGUACAACUCGACGAUGGUACAGAGUUGCUAGAUGCUGUGAUGUUCGGUGAUGUUGCAGAAAACAUAUUCUCAUGUACUGCAGUUCAAUUAAGAUCAUAUUCGGACGAGAAACAUAAGUUGUUUGUCCAAAAAACUACGAAGCAAUUAUCAGCCAAAAAAUGGAGAAUUCAGUUGUACGUAGAUGCAAACCGAACAAUGACUUCAAAGUACAAUCAGUUCACCAUUCAAGCAGUUGAACCAAUGGAAGAUUAGGAAGAAGUUACCUUUUUUUUUUUUUUUUUUUUUUUUUUACAGUAAUUUUAUUUUAUUUAGUGUUGAGACUUUUCUUGCUGCUGAGCUUGUUUUUCUUUCUCUUGACUUGUUAUUUAUGGAUUUACAUGGAGUAGUGUAUGCAAGUAUUUCAUAUA